AUGCGGUCCGACGAAACCGAUAUCGAAGAACAGCGGAUUCCACAGCAUAUCCCAGGUCCUCCGCAAUUACCGCCGUUAAUCAAAGGCCAAAAACUGAAGAGCGGACCGUACACCGUCACGGUGACUGACGAGAUGGUAGCGCAGAGGGAAAGGGAGAAUCUGGAACUGUACAAGGCCUGGGUGCGGGAACAGCGCAGGAGAAACAUGCUGCCGCAGGAGGAGGCCGACGAGUUUAUAGGCGACUUCAAGGACGUCAUCGUCCGGAGGGGCUUUGUCCGCAAAGUCUUCUGCCUCCUCACGCUGCAGCUCAUGUUCACCAUCCUCGUCAUAUCCAUCUUUAUGUUCGUGGAUGAAGCGCAGAAGUUUAUGAUGGUACACUGGUAUCUGUGGAUUGUUGCCAUGGUGUUCUUCAUCGUCGCGUAUUGUGCCAUAGCCUGCUCGGUGCAUGCUAGGCAAACGCCACCGUUCAAUUACAUCUGUCUAUUUCUACUGACACUAGCAAUGUCGUACCUGGCCGCCUUCGUCUCCGUGUUUUACAGCAUCGAGGUGAUCCUCAUCGUUAUGGGCAUGACCGCCGCCGUCACGACAAUCAUAGCUCUUGUGGCAACAUUCUCCAGGUUUGACUUGACAAUGAGGCCAGGCUUGCUGAUGGUGAUUGGAUUGGUUUCGAUCGUAGCCAUUUUUACAUUGCUAAUAAUCCUGCUGUUCACCCACGUAAUUGUUUUACGCCUGAUAAUCUCUAUCAUUGGGACGCUCCUGCUGUGCAUGUAUCUCUACUUCGACGUGCAAACGAUCAUGGGUGGACGCAGAAUAGAAUUGAGUCCCGACGAGGUUGUCUUCGCGACAACGCAGAUUUACGUCGAUAUUGUACUGCUGUAUCAGUAUUUACUGAUGUUCAUGGGAUUCUUUCACCGAUAAAAAAGAGAAAACACAACGUCCUCGAUAUAUUGUACUUGAUUAUAUUUAAAUAUGUAGGUAUU